AUGGCAUCCACUACCUCCAAUGCGCCGCUCGCGUAUCUGCGCAAUAACCCCGUCUUCUCAAGCCUCUCAGAUGUCUACAAUGCCUUUCAAGAAAAGAGGGAUCGGCUGGGCUUGUCCAACCCAGGGCUGGUAGAGAAUAUUGCCAAGGAGGUCCAGCGCGAUGUACUCACCACGAACCUUAUGUUCUCCGGUCUCCGGGCCGACCUCACAAAGGCCUUCAGCUUCAACCCCUUAUUCCAAGUAUCCCACCAGUUCGCUAUGGGGGAACGGUUGAGCCCUUACACUUUUGCCGCCCUCUACGGUACCAGCAAGGUGUUUGCGCAAGGGAAUAUUGAUGGCGAAGGCGCGCUUUCAGCAACAUUCAACUGGAGAUGGAGCAAUGCGUUCACCACAAAGUCGCGGUUCCAAAUCGCCCCCGGCGCCACCGGCCAGGACAUGGCCCAGUUCGAGAACGAGUACCUCGGCAAGGACUUUACCGCCACAUUGAAAGCCCUCAAUCCCUCCUUCCUCGAGGGUGGUUUGACCGGCAUCUUCAUCGGCCAAUAUCUGCAGUCCGUCACACCCAAGCUUGCCCUUGGCCUGGAGGCCGUGUGGCAGCGCGCUGGUCUUACCCAGGGGCCCGACACCGCCGUCUCCUACGUCGCUCGGUACAAAUCGGAAAAUUUCAUCGCCAGUGCUCAGCUGCAGGCCCAGGGUGCCCUCAACGCCUCCUACUGGCAGCGCCUGUCGGAGAAGGUCCAAGCCGGCGUUGACAUGACUCUUUCUGUUGCUCCCAGUGGCGCCAUGAUGGGUGGUCUCACCAAGGAGGGCAUCACCACCUUUGGCGCCAAGUACGACUUCCGAAUGUCGACGUUCCGCGCCCAAAUCGACUCCAAGGGCAAGCUGAGCUGCCUACUGGAGAAACGCGUCGCUGCCCCUGUGAUGAUGACGUUCGCCGCCGAUGUUGACCACGUCACGCAACAAGCGAAGAUCGGUGUCGGCAUCUCCAUCGAGGCUGGCGGCGAGGAGCUGCAAGAGCAACAGGACGCCAUCGGAGCCCAGCCUCCUCCCAACAUCCCAUUCUAA